AAUUCCCCAUAUUGAUUAUUCAGCUAUCAAAAUAGCUGAAUACUUUUCUGUCCCAUUAAUUAACUAAUUGUUCAUUUUUUUUAAAAACACAUUAUUUUUCAACAACAAUAAUUUAAAAGGUAUAAAAAAUGUGUGGAAUCCGGUCAACUAAUUCAGUUUUAAUGAAGCCAUUGUUUUUUAUCGUAUCACUUUCCCCUUUCCAAACACCUUUUUUAUUUCUGUACUGUUUAAUGACCCCACAGAUCCUAGGUCGAUCCAAACCUGAUUUCACGUCAUUAUUCAAAAGUAAAUGCAGUACAGUGAUGUGCCAUAAUCCUCACCCUUUUAGAUUUGUUUUAAUUACUUUACAUAAUUACACUAUUAAUCAUAUAUCAGCUCUUGUACAAAUGUGCAAUUCAGCUAACCCAAAAGCAGUCGAAUAACAUUUGUGGAUUGUGCCACUCUGGGCAUUAUUUAUAAUUAUUUCACUUAUACAUAAACUACGUUGUACAUAAAGUACUACAUCAUAAAGGAAAACCAAUACAUUUAAACCAUAUAUUAUUUUCACAACUGACAAUUUAAUGACCUUAGACCUAUAUCUUUAUUGAACAAGGACCAUGCAUAUACAUAUAUUAAUCUCAUAUUAAUUAUAGCUAAACGCUACAUUCCAUCUGCAGUCCUUGAAUUCCCCUUGAGUUUUUUUAAUAUAAUACAUUUAUUGCAUUUAAACGAAAUGUCCCUGUUUCACGUUACUGGCUCUUUCUUACAGACUCCACCUCUUUCACGUGAACGCGCGUUAAGCCGAAUUAGAAAAUCCUGGGUUAACAAAGCUCGCAGAUAUCCAGCUUCAUAACUCGGGGUUAAGACACGGUUACGUUUUGAUUACUAAAUCUAGCAUUGAAACAUCUCGGAUAACUGCGCGUACCCGCUCAGCCUCAUAGGGGAGAGCAAUCGAAAACCGAAUCAAGAGCCAUGAAUACAGAAAGAGAUUUACAGAUGAGAAGAAACGAGAGGGCACAUUUCUUCAGCUCCAAAGAGCAGGAACUAAUCUUGAAGUUGUAUGAAGAAGAGAGAGAAAUACUGACAGCCAAAUCUAACACCACCACCGCCUCCAAACAGAGAGAGGAAUCCUGGCAGAGAAUAGCUGAUAAAAUAAACACGGUUUCGGACAGUGGCUUCAAAAGAACGUGGCAGCAAGUGAAAGUCAAACAUAAGAAUAUCGUGCAAACAGCAAAAAGAAGACAGGUGGAGGUGCUGAGGAACCAGGGGGAACCAGGGACCCCGUCGCUGACCUCUGCAGAGGAGGACGUGCUGCAGCACAAAGACGGCCGGCUGAGAGUGGAGGUCCUUCCUGGGGGUGCCUUUAUUGAGCCACUGACGGGGUCUGAAAGCUCUUUUAUCAGUGUCUCAGGCCAUCCCGUCCUCCUCCUGCCGAUAACUAAGACAGAACCAGAGAGUGUGAGCAGUGACGAGACCGACGUCAGUGACUCUCAGUUUGAAGGGGUUUUGCAUAAUAGCAGCUUCCAGGAGAAGGCUAAUUCAGCGUGUGCUACAACCGGUGGCAGAAGAGAAGCGAGGCAUACAGAAGACAUACGGGCACUUUACUGCAAUUACCUAAAGAAGGAGAUGGAGAACCGGGACCAUCAGAUGGUAUACAGAGCACUGAAGAUGAGGAAAAUAGAGAAAGAAAUGUUAUUACUUGAUAAGCAGCUUAUGUGACCAUGGUCUUUUUUUUCUCUUUACUAUUAUUAUAUGUAAAAACAAUAUUUCAGGUCGGAGAAUUGUAAUAAAUUGCCUUUGUCUGAAUGCACUGAACACUAGUGAUGUUACGUAUUGCGCCGAGGCUUCGGAGCUUGUGUCGAGUAAUCCCUGAAGCUUUUUGUGAAGCAUGUAUGGAGGCUUGUAUCGUUUUGGGCCAGUAACGUCAUCGAUGACAAACGAAGCCUCGCUGCCUGUCGAUACCACGUGACUGCUUCAGGAAGCGAUUCAGAUCGGUUGAACCGUU